AACACAUGAAAACACAUGCAGGUGAUAUACCUUAUAAAUGCAGUGUGUGUGAGAAGGCAUUGGCCGAUUCCGGCUCCUUAAAGAGACACAUGAGGAUACAUACAGGUGAUAAACCUUAUACAUGUGAUGUGUGUGGGAAGGCAUUCAACCAAGCACACAACUUACAUAAACACAUGAGAACACAUACAGGUGAUAAACCUUAUAAAUGUGUUGUGUGUGGGAAAGCAUUCAGCCAGACAAAUCACUUACAGACACACUUGAGAACACAUACAGGUGAUAAACCUUAUAAAUGUUACGUUUGUGGAAAGUUAUUCAAACGGAAGGAUACCUUACAAGUACACAUGAGAAUACAUACAGGUGAUGAACCUUACAAAUGUGGUAUUUGUGAGAAGGCCUUCAAAUAUAUCACCAAUUAUAAAACACACAUGAGGACACAUACUGGAGAUAAACCUUAUAAAUGUGAUGUGUGUGGCAAGGCAUUCAGCCAUUCAUAUACUUGUCAGACACACAUGAGGACACACACAGGUGAUAAACCUUAUAAAUGUCAUGUGUGUGGAAAAGCAUUCAGCCGGUCUUAUACCUGUAAUGAACACUUGAGGAUACACACAGGUGAUAAACUUAAAAACUGUGAUGUGUGUGGGAAGGCUUUCAAUAAUUUACGCAACUUAUACCGCCACACGAAGAUACACACAGGUGAUAAAUCUUAUCAAUGUGAUGUGUGCGGGAAGGCUUUCAACCAAUCACAGAACUUACAAAAACACAUGAGAACACAUACAGGUGAUAAACCUUAUAAAUGUAAUGUGUGUGAGAAAGCAUUCAGCCAGACAAAUCACUUACAGACACACAUGAGAAUACAUACAGGUGAUAAACCUUAUAAAUGUAAUGUGUGUGAGAAAGCAUUCAGCCAGACAAAUCAAUUACAGAUACACAUGAGAACACAUACAGGUGAUAUACCUUAUCAAUGUGAUGCACAUUCUGGUGAUAAAUCUUUUCAAUGUGAUGUGUGUGGGAAGGCAUUCAACAAUUCAGGAAACUUACAGAAACAUAUGAGGACACAUACAGGUGAUAAACCUUAUAAAUGUGAUGUGUGUGGAAAGGCAUUCAGCCAGUCACAACACUUACAGAAGCACACGAGAACACAUACUGGUGAGAAACCGUAUAAAUGUGAGGUUUGUGAUAAGUUAUUCUCCCGGAAAGAUCACUUACAAGGACACAUGAGAAUACAUACAGGUGAUGAACCUUACAAAUGUGAUAUAUGUGAGAGGGCCUUCAAAUAUGCCACUGAUUUAAAAAGACACAAGAUGACACAUACUGGAAAUAAACCUUAUAAAUGUGAUUUCUGUCUUAGAACAUAUAGUAAAAAGUCUGAUCUAGACAAACACCAGAAGAUACACACGUGUGAUUAACCUGUUAAAUGUGUGUAGAAAAUCAUUCAACCGAUCUAUAUACAGAAUUAUAGAGACGAGAAACCAAAGAAUUGUGAUAUUUUCGGAAAGGUAUUCAAUCGAUUACUAAUGCAUAUGAAAAGAUAUAGAGGCGAGAAACCUUAGUAUUGUGAUGUGUUUGGAAAAAUAACCACAGAUCUAACAUUUAAAGUUACUUACAUAAACUCAUGGUGAAGCAUUUCAAGUAAAUGCAAAACCGUACAAAUAGCAUUUAAAGUAACCUAGAGAAACUCAUGGUGACGUAUUUCAAACCUUACUAAUAGGAUGUUUGUGGAAAGUCAUUUGGAAAAAGCCAUAGAUGAAGAGCCAUUUGCAGAUAUAUAAAAGUUUGAAAGCCUAUUCCAGAUUACCUCUGGAAACAGAACAGAAUGGUGAAAAACUCACAAAUUUGAUUCAACUGAUAAUUUCGCUUGAAGAGGCAUAAAAAAGACACAAACAGGCGAGAUACUUUAGUGUUGGAUAGAGACAAAUCUUGGCGCUUUUCAAUGAAAAACUUUACAAUUAAAAAAACUUUACAAUUAUGAUAUUUGUAGGAAGUCAAUUAAAACAGAACUAUACAUUGAGUUUAAAAAUUCAUUUUUUAUGUAAUUGAGAAAUCGAAAAAGAUAGAUACAUCUGGAAAUUGAUAUUACUUUAACAGUAAAUUGUUCCAUAAAUCUUUUUAAGAGAAAAAUGUCUGGUACAGAUAUGUACACAUAUUCCGUAUAUACCCGCCUAUAAGUCGGUUUUUUGGGAGUUAAUCUUUGGUCUAAAACUCUCUGUCCGACUUAGGCGAGCUAUUAAAAGUAUGGUUUUAUAUGAGGUUAGUCCAUCUGAUAUGCAAGCUUAUUUAACACAUCCGACUUAUAGGCGGACCGACUUAUAGGCAAGUAUAUACGGUAAGUAAAGUCCUUGUAAAUUGAAGUAAGUUGAUUUGGCAAGAGUAGUCUGACAUUAAUCAAUAAUUCCUUUUAUAUUACAGUAUUAAUUAGCCAACGUUGGCCUUUGCUUACAUAAAUGUUGGGAAGUUGGUAUUUCUAGAUGAAAAUCUUUAAAAAUAUCUUCAAUAAGUCUUGGUAAAAAACAAUGAACUCCUAUGUUUGAUGUAAAUUUAAUUCAAAUAUUGCAGAGAAAUUGAAGAUUGUCAUUUAUCCUGUUUAUGAAAUUUAUUUUUUAAUAUGAUUGUCCUUAAUUACAUGUUGAUGAAAUGAAUCUUGAAUGCUUUGAUUAGUUGUUCAUGUGUGUAUUUAUUAUUCGUACAUGUACGUAUUUAGUAUAGUAUGCUUGAUGCAUAAUACUAGUUUAUUCAUAUACAAUGCAAAUUGUAUCAAUUUAUAAUUGUUUUCUGUAUUGUUUUGAUUUUUCAGUUAA